AUGAAGUUCUCUCUCGCCGCUCUUGUUACCCUGGCCGCUGCUGCUUCCGCCCAGUACCAGCAGCAACCCCAGCAGUACCAGCAGCAACCUCAGCAAUACCAGCAGCAGCCCCAGCAGUACCAACAGCAGCCAUGGCAAUACUCUCAGCAGCAGAACAAGUACUCCCCUGCUGAAGCUGAUGCAUGGCACGGCUGCAUUGAUCGCUUGCUUGACAACUUCAACACCGGCCACACAGGCAGCGCGGUUUCCUGUUCCACUUUCAAGUGUCUCGAUGAGAACGCCGCCAAAUACGGCCGAGGUGGCACUCUCGCCGGUCUUGGACAAGUUGUUUCUCUGGCCUGCAACUUUGGCGGAAUUAUCCCUAACUGGCUCUAA